GUUUUGUCAUGGAGAACAUAUUGUGGUUAAACGAAAAGGCGUCUGGAAUCAGGUUAAUCCAUUUUUCUCUUCCACUAUUUUACAGGAAACUGCCAUCGUCCAAAAAAUUACAGAGGAUGCACGCUAUGUAGCCGGCGAGGUUAUUAAAUCUCUUGAGAAACGAAAGCUUGGUUACAAUCAAACCGAUCUGCAUAACGUAAUAAAAUCUAUGCUGGCAGCUGUAGAUUCAAGUUCCAAACAACAUGCAAGACUAAAGGUCACAAAUAUGUAUAUGCUAGAUUUAGCAAUACACAUAUUGGCAAAUGCUGAAGUGAGGUUUCAGAAAAUAGAUGAUGAUUUUCAGAGGGCAAACGAUCCUCUAAUAUAUUUCAGCAGCAAGAAAGAAGAGUACUUCAACAGCUUUAAGAUUCGAUGUAACGGAGAUGCAAACAUUACUAUAUUUGCUGAAAUUUUGUCUAGAAAACUUAAAACAGCCAUGCACCAGGCAGUCUGUGACAAAGCCAGCCUUGAAAUUGUAGACAAAAUGAAGUCCGAUUGUCCGGCAUUUAAUGGGAAUCGAUCAAAUUUAGAAAACUACAUUUUGAUACAUUUAGCAGAGAAGGAACAAUUCGUGGAAUUUAAGGAAUACAUUCAGAAACCAAAACAAUAUUUUGAAAAAUACAUUACAGAAGGUGUUGAGGAAUAUUGCUCAGCAAAAGAAAAUAUUAAAAUUCGAGAAAUAUUUGAGUCCUGUCUUGAGUUUUACACGGGAAAAGUUUCCACUGCAAUUACGAAUUCAAUCACAGCCGUCCAGUCAAACAAAGGCGAUGGAUCAUCGUGGCUGGAUGAAUUUUGUAAACAGCUUGGUGACAACAUCCAUUUCCCAAGGCACAGUUUGAUUAGAGCUGACUACAAAGACAUACAUGACAUUCCCUGCUUUAGAUAUGAACUAGCCACAAAAUUGGAAACCAUGGUGGCAGAGUUGAAAAAAGAAUAUUCUACAGCAUCCAUAAGGGAUAUAGAAGACGUAAGGAACAAACCUCAAGACAUGCUACGUGAACAGAUGAGUGGGUGCUGGGUGCAGUGCCCAUUCUGUAAAGCCAUCUGCACAAACACAAUACCCGGUCAUGACGAAAACCACCGCAUUCCGAUUCAUCGGCCAGAGGCAGUGACAGGGGGGAAAUGGUGUAAAACAGAUACUUUUUCCAUUGAUAUUUGUACAAGUUUAGUUGCAAGUGACUGGUGGUUAAUGCUUUCAGAAGACAAUGAAAUACCAUAUAAGGAUUAUCGUACAGCAGGGCCAAAAUAUGCAAGUUGGAACAUCACGCCGGACUUAACCGUUCAACCAUAUUGGAAAUGGUUUGUCUGCAGAUUUAAGUCAGACCUAGAGAGGCUUUACAAACUACAAUUUACAGGCCGUGGCACCAUUCCAGAGGGCUGGACAAAAAUUACAAAGGAUGAGGCGAUUGCAGACUUAUGGAAGAAAUAGUUUCAACACAAUUAUCAAGUUACUAAAUGGGAACAAUUGCUCAAUGCGACGUCAGUUUGUCAUUCGCCUUCUUCGUGCUAUAAAUGCAUUUUAUUUACAGUAGCCCAUUAGAUCUUGAUCAUUAAACAAACGUAUCCUUUAUUUUAUAUUUCACUAUCAUUUGGGAAUGGUGUAGCUUUGUGUGUUCUCUGAUUGAUAUCGUAAUUAACAUUGGCGCAAGACUCAAUUACAACGUUAUCAUUGGUUGACAUCAUUUGGCCAAUGCUAUGUCAUAGAUAUUUUCAGUUAGUGGGCCGGGAUGACGUUGAUGAAUACUGAGUUUAGUCAACAGCGGAAUGGGACUUAAAAUCUCGGGCUGCUUCGUGCUUGUAAAGAAAACCACUUCUCCCAACUUGGAAGAAAGUGCUUGGUAAUUUCACUGAGUAGCUCGGACUUCUGGUGUUUCAUAGUCAUUUGGAAUUGGCAUAAACGGCAUCCUUUGCUUGAGGAAAUAACGUAAAUUACUUAGUUGGUUGAAUAUGUUAUGUGACCGGAUUGCCCACUGC